AUGGACGACGCAGAGAUCGAACUGUGUCCGCGAGUUCCGAUGGUAGCUGCCGACGGGCAUCCGGUGAAAUCGAACGCUAUCGUUCGGUUUUCGGUCGCCCAAAAUACGGUACCGUUUGCCAGGCUUAAGUGUAAUACUAAUCUCAACGUGCCGCCCUCUAACUGGUUGACCAAUUCGGCCAACUCUUACGGUCUUGGACAGUUCCUGUCGCAUCAGGAAGGCUUUAGUAGCUUCCGGAUGGCAAACAUGUUCCCGGACUGUGUGGGUGGCGUGGACGUGAUAUCAGAUGCGGAAAACAUCAAGCGGUUGCUCAAGUUACCCUACUCACGCAAGAGUGUCAUCUCGAUGAUCGUGCACCGGAUCGAAACCACAUUGCUGAUCGACGAAUUUGACGUGGCAAAGUAUUUGCUGCGACAGGAGGAAGCCGAAUGGCAGUGGUUACGAUCCUUCAUUUACGAAAACAUUUUCAAAAACCUUAGCAACAGCGAGCGGAAGCUGUUCCUGUUGCAUCCCAAAAGUCGGGCAGCGUUUCAACAAAAGUAUCUUACCUCGAAGUUCCUGUACCACAGCCUUCAGUCGGGCGAGCGGGAAGAUGUGGCCAAAGGUGAUCUGCCCGACGUGAUGCCCAAUGAUUGCGCACCGUACACACGACUGCCACCGGUGGGACCAAUGUUGCCCGAUCCCUCGAAGGACGAACAUUAUCCUGAGACGCAACGGACGAACCACGUGUUUAACCGGAACGUGAUCUGGACGUUCGAGGACAUCCGGAUGUUGAUUGGCACGGAUAUGCCCAUAUUCGGGGGAGCAAAUCGGCCUUGCAUAAGCUUGCGGCUUCGUGACGAAUCAAAACCGAUCAACGUGCUAACCGGUAUCGACUACUGGCUGGACAAUUUAAUGUCCAACGUGCCGGAGGUUGUCAUGUGCUAUCAUCUAGAUGGUAUUGUGCAGAGAUACGAGCUAAUCAAGACGGAAGAUCUUCCGGGGCUGGAAAAUUCCGAGUUUUCUCCCCAGCUUAUUCGCAACGUGGCACAAAACAUACUGGCGUUUUUAAAGGCGAAUGUCACCAAGGCGGGCCACACGUACUGGUUGUUUAAAGCGCGCAACGAUGACGUCGUAAAGCUAUACGACCUAACCACACUUUGCAAGGCGCACGAUGGAACUUCCAGUCCCGCGGACGACAUCGACGCCAACGAGGAUGAGAAAGAAAAACUACCCUCAAAAGAACCGCCCGAAAUGACCAGCAACCAAACGCAGCCAGGCAGAUCGCCGGCAGGCCAGAAUCCAUUCACCAUUCCGGUCGCAAUGCUGCUUUACACCGUGGCGAGAAAUAUGAAGCACUCGGUCGAAAGCGGAAACCUUUCGGCUUCGAAAGCGGGUGCCAUUCGCACAUUGCUCAACAAUUGCAUCAAGCUACUGCCCAAGGAAAAGUAUCCUCAAAUUGUGACCUCCUCACAUUACAUCUUGUCCGAUUUGCAUAUUCCCGCUGACACGGAUCCUGCAUCGCCCAAGUUUAACGCGACAGUCGAAGACGAGGACGACGAUGAGGCGGGAUACUUGUUCGGUGAGCGGAAUUCCACUCCGUCGGAGAACGGGCUGGAUGAAGCAGAAGACGAAGGGCCGAUUGAGGCGCAGGGACAGCGAGAAGAGCUUGGAAGCGGGAAAUUCGAGACGGCUAUCAAAAGCAUUCAGGAUACGCUGAAGGAGUAUAAGCUGGAGGAGCGAUUGGGCAAACAUCACAACUCGCGACCCGCACCGUUAUUAUGCGAAACGACGGAACGAUGCAGCAUAGCUCUGCAACACAUCGUGGACGGGUUGCAUUGUCUGCAGUAUUUCGAUAGCUACGAGGAGCAGAAGCAACGUGAAAAGGAGAAGGAAGCCGAGCGGCAGAAGAUCAUUCACGAGGAGACUCACCCGACCAUGGCCAAACAGGACAACGCCAUUCCGCUUCCGUACCAACCGCUUCAUCCGGAGGCACAGUCGGCCGAUCCGCAAAGGGUCAUUCCGAUGGGUUGGAAGGAAGCAACGCAAGUCGGCUCGACGAAUCGAGUCACAGGACCCGAACAAAACGCAAGCUCGACGAAAGCGACUAAAAAGCGCGCAAAACGAAAAACUACUGACCGUGAACCGAAGGGAAGCAUCCCUAAGCAACAGGAAGAGGGAGGCGGUUCAAGUUCGGCUGCACCCUCCGCGGAAGUAGACCCACGGGCUCUACUGCUGAAGGGACAAAUCGGUGUGUUCGAGUCGUGGAAUGUACAUCUCAAAAUUCUGCUCUUCGAAAAGGCGUGCCUCGUGUACGCUACUAAGGCUGAGCAGCAGUAUGCGCAUCAACGGUACGGUGCCACAUUGCGCGAUCUGUACUCCGCGAUCCGCUGCGAGCAGGUGGUGAUGAAGUACAUCUCGUGCGUGGCCUCCCAACGCAGCUUGUUGCUGGGUCGUGCGGGGGACUGUUUCUUCCAAAUGGCCAAAGAGUGGAAAUCCAUUGAAGAGUACCUGACACAGUUUGCCGAGGAGAAUCGCCUCGACCAGUUGCUAAUGGAGGAGCUGAUGAAGGACAUCGGCAGUGAGUUGGAGAACACGUUGCCUGUUCCAACGAACAACAUCGAACUGCUGAUGAUUACCAGCUGCAGUUGCUACGAGGCGGCCAUCGGUUCAGCGACAAAGGAAACCCGGGAUGAACCGGCGCGCCGGCUCGGAAGUGUACGGAACGAACUGGGUGUGAAGUACAUGCAUUGGGCGCAGGAAGAGUACCACAAGUACUGGGAUGCGCAAGUCGAAAGCUCCACGAUGGACGAAGAAGUGGACGCACCAGAACCACAGUAUCAAGUACUGGUGAAAAAAUCGUACGAUUCGCUGCAGAAAGGCGUCGCGCUAUUCGAAGCCAUUAACGACACAACAAAUCUGGCCUUACUGCUCUGCAACAUGGGCCGGUUUAUGCGUUUCCGUGCGCACAUUCAUCUGAUUGGUGAGAGACCGAACAAUGUAAACGCACAGAAGAAAUUCUAUCACGAAGCUUUUGGAUACUAUCAGCGUGCCUUGGGAAUGCUGGGAACUCGUAAGAAACAUCCUGACCUAUGGUCACUGUUCACGUGGGAGCUAUCAACCGCCACAUUCAAUCUUGCAAAGCAGCUGCAGGACCACAGCGUGAUUCCGACCGAUGGCCAUUCGCAGGAGGAAGUCGAGAAGGAGAUGGUCGAGAUGCUACAACGGGCGCUAAAGCUUUGCGAUCAGGACAACAGCGGACCAAAGCAGGUCCUGUACUCGUUCCGCGCGGCUCUCAUCCACCAUCGGAUCGCUUCCUACUACCACAUGUCGUACCGCUCGACGAGUGACGAGCAUCGACGAAAGGCCAUACUAAAGCUAGCGAAGCUUCAUUACGAGAAGGCAGCAAACACGUUCAAAAGCCUGGCCAUGCCUCAGGAAUUCCUGCACACUCAAAUGGAGCGCAUCGGGUUGCAGGAUAACCAGUGCGAGCAGGUGGCAACUUCGGCGGCCAAAACACGACACCUGCUAGUUUCGCUGGACCUGUGCAAACAGUCAUUGCCCCUGGUGGAGCAGCUGGCAUGUAUGAAAUCGCAUGGGCCUGACGAGGACGAUCUUUCCUCAUCGACCGGCUGUACCGACGGCAGCGGGGGCCGAUACGAGGAGCUGCAAAAGUUACUGCAGUUGCUCGAGAAGCAAUUGCAGGUGAUUUUGCGAACGCUCACGCAGCAUUCGCUUUUAGCGGCCGGUGGAGAUCGCAAGGACGCCGCAGCCCACUAUAAAGCACUGUUCGCAGUGGCACUACAGAGGCGCUCGGUCGAAUCGCAACCGGAAGACGUACACCUGUCGGAAGCUGGUACGGGGUCGUCCGUGAUUAAAGAGUAUGCCUUACACCUGUCCCGCAUUUUGCGACAGAUUUGUGAUCUAGACCACGACUAUGAGUCGGGGCUGCGAUGAAAAAUGAUCGGGAUCGGAGAAAAUCAAUUUAGCGGAAGAGUUCAGAGGAAAACAACAAAACACCAUCUAUUGGAUCACUGUUAUCAAGGACUCACAAACCGUGCGAGGUUCCUUCAACCACUUCCUAGUUCUGAAUGAAAACUUACACACAUGUUAAUGAAUGGUUUUUCGUUUCCUCGUUUUUUCUAAAAUAAACGCCGUCUCUA